AAUGCACCUUCCUUCCUUCCUUACAUACUCUCACAAACUCAUCCCCAGCCUCCAUUCUAUCGACUUAUCGUCAGCUCUUCAUCUUGUUUGCUUGAUUCGAGCUGCCACUCCAAUUAUACUUCGCGACGAGAGGCGCAAUGGCGUCGUUCCUCAACCCACAGCCAGUCGACUACGAGCAUCUGGAGAGGCUAGUCCUAGGCUUCGACGAGUUCGAUCAGACGUCCAAUCAACCCUUCAGAAACGGUCUGGGGGUCUAGUAGACAUUUUUGAGCGGUGUCUCGAGGAGGAUUGGUCUUGUAUGUGGUGCGGGAGGAGGGGAGGACAUCCAGAAAUAGGGGACACUUGCGACCCCAGAGACCUCGAGGCGGAUUUUGCGAGGAAGGUGGCAGGGUGGCUGGACGGCCCGGUGGAGGAGGCUUCGUACAUGCUUCGGACCGAGAGUGUGUGGUGGGGAGGAACCGCCGAACACACGGUGCAGGCCAAAGUUCCCGGCCCAUCAUACUCUUUUAUACCACAAUCCGGCCAGAAGCGACAGCGAUAUGAGGCCGAUGGCACGGCGGGGCGGGCACCCAAGCGUCUGAGAGAGAUUUCUUGCGACAUAGAAGACGAGACCGGCAUAAUGCCAAUAGGGUCGUCGUCGAGGACACGCCAACCAGGAUUGGCUAGGGCUAAUACCUGCUCGAGGUUCCUGUCCACGCAAGUCAAUUCUUUGCUCCGUUACUUCGUCUUCCUGAAUCUCUCCUGCAGACCUUCUCCGUCCGUUCCCACCUCCACUCCCAGCCCUCAAUUAACACCUCCAUUCAGGCUUUCAUUCGUUUGUCGCUGGAACGAUGAAAACGAGCCGUGCGAUUUCGUUAUAACUGGGAACACGACAGCGGCGAAGUUUUUAGAUCAUCUUCGAACGAAGCACGGAGUUACACAGACUGGCACGAACAAAGUUGAGUGCAAGUGGAAGGGUUGCAAAGGCCGAAAUGGAAGCAGGUUGUUCCAAGCCGAGAAUAUGUUCGAUCAUGUCUGGUCGGGGCAGCAUAUUCGGAGUAUGAAUUCGAGUGCUGUUAUGAGCGACCCAGGGCUUGUACAGUCGAAGAGGGCGACGCAAGUGUUGCGCGCUCGGAGCUUUGGCGCGUA